AUGUGUUGGAGUUUUACGACAACGGGGCUCACUGGACUCUUUGUGAACGAACAUCCCCACCGUACUCUCACCGUAGUGUACUGCCGUAUAUUGAAAGCGCUUGAGCAAAUUCCACCUACAGCUGCCUACAGAAAAUACACAGAAGCGAUUGUGAAACAACGCCUUGCUUUGGUUCAAGCUGAAGAUAGUAUCCCAGCGCUCGAAGAGAAGAUUGGUAUGGGCCAGAUUGAAGAAGUGAUUGAACAGGCAGAGUACGAAUUGGAGGCGACGAGGGCAAUAAUCGAAUCUCGGGCGUGGGAACCUCUUGUUGAAGAAGCUCCCAAGGGUCAAUGGGAUUGGCCAAUCGUUUAA